AUGAAAAUUAUCAAAACAAUUACUUAAAAAUUAAACAAUUACUCCUAUUCAAAAAAUAUCAAUGGCUCUUAAAUUUUGUUAGGAUAUGAAGAUGAAUACAAAGGUUUUUAAAUAUAAAAAGGAUAAUAUCUAGAUUCAUAUAUAAAAAAUGUUGACCUAUUUAAAACAUGCUUAGUAGAAACAAUCAAAGAUUGUAAAUCUAAAGAAAUGAAAGCAAUAUGGAUUUAAUUAGAUUAAAAUUAGUUAACUCUUGCUGAAAAAUUAAUUGAGUUAGGAUUUUAGAUGCAUCAUUGUACAUAAAACUAUUUAUUGUUUUCAUAAUGGAUUGUUUAAAAUUAUAAAAGUCAAUUACCAAAUUAUACUACUCAUUCUGUUGGUGCUGGAGGCUUAAUCAUUAAUAAAAAUUAAAUUUUAUUAAUUUAAGAGAAAAAUGGAUUAUAUAAAGAUGAAUGGUCAAUACCUGGAGGUUUAGUAAAUGAUGGAGAAUUAAUUAUUGAAGCAGCUGCAAGAGAAGUUAAAGAAGAAGCUGGUUUAGAUGUUGAACCAUAUGAUUGCUUUUUAAUUAGAGAUUUACCCAUAGCAAAUUAAUAUUAAGGAGAUCUAUAUUUUAUAAUUUUAAUGAAGUUAAAAAGUCCUGAAUAAUCUAUUCAAAUUUAAGAAUAAGAAAUCAAAAAUUUUAGGUGGGUUGAUUUGAAUAAUUUAGAAUAAGUAUAAUAUAUAAAUCUAUAUAGUUUUAUUAAAACAAUAAAUUUGGAAUGGUUUAAAGCAAGUUAAUGGAAUCUUUAAUUUAAUGGAAUAAAUCAAAUAAAUCGUUUAGUUAAUUUUUUAGUUUAGAUUCUUAACCAAGAGAAAUGUAUGGAACAAUUAAGAAAUAUUGUUUAUUUAAACCAAACUAAAGAAUAGAUAAAUGA